AUUAUUCAACUCGAUAUGAUGACGGCAUCUGAAACUACUGCUAAUGCUGCACCCACAGAAAGAGGUCAGAGAGGUGUGAGUCGCGUCCUGGCCAAAUUAGAUAGUUCCAUAGAAGCGGGAAACUAUUAUGAGGCACAUCAAAUGUAUCGAACACUAUACUUCCGUUAUACGGCGCAACGAAAAUUCGAAGAGUGCUUGGAGUUGCUCUACAAUGGUGCAUUGAAAUUAAUUUCAAAACAACAGGAGACAAGCGGUGCCGAUUUGGGUCUGCUACUUUUGGAUACAUUGGAAAAGAGGGGUAACAACAAAAAAGAUGCCGAUUUAUGGGUAGAACGUAUUGGUAAUAUAAUUACAUGUCUUAAUGCUGGCUGUGUGGAACGUGAAACCCUUAUUAACCGUUCUAUAAAAUGGAGUGCCGAAGUCACUGGCAAUUAUCCGGGUGAUCCGGCUUUGUAUAAAAUCCUAGCACAUGUUUUUUGGUCUGAGGGCAAUACAGAAUUGGCUCGACGCUAUUAUAUGCUCUGUCGUGAUGGCAACCUUUGUGGCCGUAUUCUCAUCAAAAUCAACGAAACUAAAGGCUACAACAGUGAGGUGGAUUUGUUUGUUGUUCAGGCCGUCCUACAACAAAUCAGUUUAAAUGAUCGGAAAACCGCAGAGGAUACAUUCACCACAUACACACGCUAUCAUCCAAAAAUAAAUCGUAAAGAGGCUCCGUUUAAGCAACCACUUUUGAAUUUCAUCCACUUCCUUUUUCGAUUAAUGGAUAGUAAGAAUUUGGAAGCCUUUAGGGCUUUAUGUACAUUAUACAAAGCCGAAUUAGAUCGAGAUCCCGCAUUCGAAAAGUACUUGACUAAAAUAGGAGUACAACAUUUCGGUGCCAGUCCACCGGUAUCUGAGAGUCGAUUUGGUGGCAUGUUUGGAGAUGUUAUCUCACGUUUGUUGCAAGGUAUAGACGAAGAUGACGACGAUGAAGGUGAUGCCGGUCAUGGCGGUGGUGAACGUGGCCGUGGUGAUGGUGCUCACGCACUGGACUGACGCAAUAGUAGCAGUCCAGUGUGGUGGGAGUAAACGACUAUAUAUGUUGCUAUGUAUAAAUAUGUU